AUGGAAAUUACAGCUUCAUCUGUUGAAAGUGGAAAUUUAUCAAUAAUAAAUUCUUAUUCAGAUAAAGAUUUCUAUACAAAGAAUCACCCUAAUUCAUGGUUAAGAGCUGAUCUAAAUGGAUACCAAUUAAAACCAACAUCAUAUUUUAUCAGAUCAUGUUGUAAUAAUAUUCAUUAUUUAUUCAGAAAUUGGAAACUAGAAGGAAUCAGAGUAGAUGGAACAUCUGUUAUGUUAGACACUAGAUCAUAUAAUAUUGCACUAAAUGAAAUCAAGGAAUUUCCACUUCAAACUAAUGAUUAUUUUGUUGCUUUCAAAAUAACUCAAAUUGGAAAGAAUGCAAACAAUGAUAACUGUUUUGAUAUAUUAAUGUUUUUGACUUCAAAGGAGAAUUAA